AUGCGGGAGGUGAAGCUGGAGUCCGACGUCAUCUAUCCUACUUUCUGGAGCGUUGGGAUCAGCGCGUGCGAGAUGGGCGAGCAGUGGCAGCGGGCCCUGGCGCUGCUGAGCGAGAUGCGGGGGGCGAAGCUGGAGCCCAACGUCAUCUUCAGCUACAACGCUGGGAUCAGCGCGUGCGAGAAGGGUGCGCAGUGGCAGAGGGCUCUGGCGCUGGUCUGCGAGGUAAAUGAAGCGCAGCUGGAGCCCGAUGCCAUCAGCUACAACGCUGGGAUGCUAGCGUGUGAGCACAGCGGGCAGUGGCAGCAGGUAUUGUCGUUGCUCAGCAUAGCGAAGGAGGCAGGUUUGGAUACGGACGCUGACAUGUAUACUACUGUGACUAAUGCAUGCGAGAUGGGCGGGCAGUGGCAAAUGGCAUCGUCAGUCCUCAAUGAAUUGUCGUUGAAGUUUGGGCGCUACUUUGUCGAGUAG